CCGGAAGUUGUUGGGUGUGAAUCCUCUCGGCUCGGUAGUGAUGACACACAGCAGCAGCAGCGGCUUCUUCCAGAAGUUUCCUUCGCGGUUUACAGCUCGGCGGCAUCACACGGACACUCCUGCGUGAAUACGUUAUUUUAAGUUGCGUGGUGUAAGUUAAGUGACAUCUUUUCUCCUCAUCUCAGUAAAGAGUAGAAAGUUGUCCACGGACUGUGACAAGUGAGGGAAGCUAACCUUCAUAGUUAGCUAGCCAGCUAUUGUCCGCAGCAGUGACAGCUGCGGCGGCGGCGGAGGCGUCGGAGUCCGUUACCCGCACACGGGACAGGCUGGAUAUGUUGCUGGCACUGAACACUGAAGCAUCUGCGCUGACAAUGUCUUUAUGAAGUGGAAGAAGAACUGACCGGUCAUUGUAAUGGGUAAAGAUUACUACAAAGUGCUCGGAAUAGCCAAAGGUGCAUCCGAAGAUGAGAUAAAAAAGGCGUACAGAAAACAGGCCCUGCGCUAUCAUCCUGACAAAAACAAGACUCCCGGAUCAGAAGAUAAAUUCAAGGAGAUUGCUGAAGCUUAUGAUGUCCUCAGUGAUGCCAAGAAGAAGGACAUUUAUGAUCGCUUUGGUGAAGAAGGAUUAAAGGGUUCUCCUGGUUGUGGAGGUGGAGGACACAGCGGUUCAAGCUACAACUACACCUUCCACGGAGACCCUCAUGCAAUGUUCGCUGAGUUUUUCGGUGGCCGCAGCCCUUUCGAUCAUUUCUUCCCACAAAAUGGGGAUGACAUGGACAUCAACGACCCCUUUGGAGCAUUUGGCAUGGGGAGAAUGGGCGGCAUGGGUGGGUUUCACAGGUCCUUUAAAUCCCACCCGGGAGGCCAUCACAGAGCACAUGAGAAAAAGAAGGACCCGGCCGUGGUGCACGAGCUGAAGGUGAGCCUCGAGGAGGUCUUCUCAGGCUGCACCAAAAAGAUGAAGAUUUCCCGCAAGAGACUGAACCCAGAUGGCUGCACCAUGCGGAACGAGGACAAGAUCUUAACAGUCGACAUCAAGCGUGGCUGGAAGGAGGGGACAAAAAUCACCUUUCCCAAAGAGGGAGAUGAAACUCCCGCCAACAUUCCUGCAGAUGUGGUGUUUGUAGUUAAAGAUAAACCCCACCCGGUGUUCAGAAGAGAGGGCUCGGAUAUAAUUUAUCCUGCAAAAAUAUCACUCAGAGACGCAUUGUGUGGAUGCACAGUCAACGCCCCGACACUGGACGGCCGGACCAUCACUGUGACCUCCAGAGACGUUGUCAAACCUGGAAUGAAAAAGCGUAUUUCUGGAGAAGGGCUCCCUCUCUCCAAGUGCCCUGAGAAGAGGGGGGACAUGAUCUUGGACUUCACAGUAAAAUUUCCUGACAAACUGGGCCAAAGCACUCGAGAUGCACUCAAACAGGUCCUUCCACCGUGACGUGAAAUGAUAAAAGUUAACAUUUCCACCAACGAUUGAGGCUCAGGGCAGAUUUAGUUCCAGCUGCGUUUAAUUUGACUAUCUGAACGCCAAAUCCAUAUUCUUACCCAGUAUCUAGUCAAUGAGCAAUCAGCUGAGUAACAGUGUUAAGUAAUGGCCUGCCACAAUGUCAGAUUAAAGGUGGAAAAGAUAAUAAUAGAAAGUAUAUCAUGUGUAUAUAGGUAAUCAUGCAAGGUGUCAAGUGAUUUGGUUUGGCUGCAAGAAGGAGAAACCAGAGUGUUUUUGUUUUUAAAAAAUUGCUGAAAUGCGCCACUUGAAAAUGUAAUCUAGUAAGUGAGGAUUUGGUUUCACAGCAGCAGUUUUAGGGAGUGCUUUAAAGUAGCACGCAGCCAGCUAACAAUACCUCAGGUGCAGUGACGCAUGUAGCUAUAACUACAAUACAUUACUCAACAGGACAUGAUUUGGGUUGCUAUUAGAUAAAAUCAAGACUUAAACACCCUGAGAUAUGGGGAUGCACUGAUCUGAUCCACCAACACUGACUAUGAAGCGGAUCAGUAUCGAUCAACGUUAAAUGCACUUUCUUUGUCAGUUCAGUGUUUCAUCUACACUCGUAGUCACAGCUGACUGCCAGUUUUUAGGGCCACAAUCUCAUAAACUGACUAGAACAAUAUAAUUAAAAUGUGCACAAGCUGAAAAUGAAUAAUGGUGAUAUAUGGAUGUCUCCAAGAAGAAGGAAGAGAUAUGAAGUUACAGUUGUGUAAAACAUUAGAAUGAUUCCAGGGAGUUCCACACAGCGAGGAAGCAUUAAACAGAUUUUAAAUAUGAGUUUAGGUAAAGAAGAGAAAUAAAAUCCCUGGUGUUUAAGAUGGCAAAUAAUUGUCCCCAUGUAAUUACAAUGUGUGUGUGUGUGUGUGAGAAAAUAUGUUGAGAGCAUGUGUGUAUCCUGUCAUGUGUGACUGACAAACUACCAAAUCGUAUAAAGCUAUUUACUUCAUUCGUACCCUUUGAGGAUGCACAUCGAACAGUAUGUGUAAUAUUUCAGUUCCUCCUCACCUGGUGUUACUCUCCAAUCUGUUUGACUACUUAUUUAAUCUAAAGCCAGUUUUUUCUUCUUAUGUUUUUUUUUAACCCAACAUAGUACAAACCCGGUGCAGCCCGCAACUUAAAGGCCUGCAGAAUAUAUUUUUGUUUGAUUAUUCUCUUAUAUUAUGCCUUCCCUUAUAGCUCAUACCUGACAGCAUUCGGUCCAAGAUGUACAAUAUCUGGAAGUAUGUAGUUUCACAGUUCAGUGGGUAAAACUAUUGAACUCUGUCACAUUCAGCCCUGUGUACCUUUGACUGUAGUGAUGAAGGAGGUUAGUAAAUCAGUCAGUUCACUUUCACAUUUUAAGUAUUUUUGGUGUUGAUGUGACUGUCACCUGCUGGAGUUUUAAGUUUCUAAUUGACACAAACAUGUGGUUUAACAUGAAUGUAGAGAUGUGUAAUCUCUGUGAUGUGUAACUUUUUUUUGUAAAACAAAAAAAGGACAUUUGCUUUUUGUUUUUUUUCUUGCAAACAUUUUCCUUUUUUAAGGGGGAAAAAAAUCAUUAUUUUGUUUAUAUCUCUUGUUUUUGUUUUGAAUUUCUUCAUGUUGAGAUUCAAGAUAUUUAGGGGUUUUUUUUUAAACAACAAAGCUUUUAUGAAUUGAUAAUGUGAGGAGACAUUUUUAAUUAAUCUUUCCUAUGCUGUGAUGAUUUGCAUUUCCACAUUAAAGAGACUGGCUAACAA